ACGGCGCCGCCGCUGCCCUGUGCCCCGCGGGUAGCGGUCGGCCGGGCAGCCGCGAGGCCCUGCAGGCCCCGAGGAGGCCCCCGGAGGCCUGUGAGGGCCCCUCAGCUCCCCCCGGGCCCGUGGAGGCCUGUGAGGGCCCCUCAGCGCACCCUAGCUCGCAGCUGCCUCGGCCCCAGGGCCUGAGGUGAGGUGCAGACAACGGCCCUGCCAUGGCCCAGGGCCCUCCAGCAGCGCUGCUCACAGAUGAGGGCCUACACGGUCGCCUUUUCCCUCAGCAGCGUGUGUCCCAGCUCCCCGUGGCCCAGGCUGCUGAGACGUACAAGGGGAGGCGGCAACAAGGAAGGCUCUGGAAGGCGCAGGGAGGCUCCCAGCAGCAUGAAAGGACUCUUUGAGAGCAGGGCAUUGCCACAGCAGGGGCAGGCCAGCGGCCAGGGCUGCAGCAGGGCCUGGGGACACGUGGACAUCGGUGUUGCUAAGUGCCAGACAAAGAUCAGCAGGCUUGGACACGCUGUUGAGCGGCCAGGGGUUGGAAAGCCAGAGACAUGCAGGAGGAGAUGAAGGGAACCACCAGCUCUGCUGGGCUUGCAAAGACCUCCAGCCUCCCCCACCCUCCCUGAAGCAUUCUGGGCUCUUCCCUGCAUUUUCAUCCUCUCCAGGAACAGUUGGCUCAUUCAUGCCUCUGCCCCUGCCGGCGUUUCACACGGGGCUGCGGUGGUUUCUGAGCUGUGAGGAUUAAGGGCUGAAGCUCAGGCACAGGCACGUCAACGCGUUUGACCUGAGGCGUUUGCAGCCUCCGCUGCUCGGACACAAAUCACCCGAGUACUGGCCAAAGCUGUCACACUGGCAACUGUCUCCGUGUCUCCAGUAACCACGCAAAGCACUCCAGAGAGGAAACUACUUUGCCAGUCAUUUCUUUAUGGGAGGCGAGAAGUUUGACACCCCUCACCCCGAGGGCUACCUUUUUGGCGAGAACAUGGAUCUAAACUUCCUCGGGAACAGACCUGUUCAGUUUCCCUACGUGACUCCAGCUCCACAUGAGCCAGUGAAGACACUGAGAAGUCUGGUGAACAUCCGCAAGGACUCCCUCCGACUCGUCAGGUAUAAAGAUGAUGUUGACAGUCCUACAGAAGAGAAUGGGAAGCAGAAAGUCCUGUACAGCCUGGAGUUCACAUUUGAUGCAGAUGCCCGUGUUGCCAUCACAAUCUACUGCCAGGCUACAGAAGAGUUUGUUGGUGGCAUGGCAGUAUACAGCACAAAGAAUCCCUCUCUGCAGUCAGAAACGGUUCACUACAAGAGAGGGGUAAGCCAGCAGUUCUCUCUGCCCUCCUUCAAGAUUGAUUUCUCAGACUGGAAGGAUGACGAGCUGAACUUUGACUUGGAUCGUGGCGUGUUCCCCAUGGUCAUCCGAGCCGUGGUGGAUGAGGGGGACGUGGUGGUUGAGGUGACAGGUCAUGCCCAUGUUCUUCUGGCUGCCUUUGAAAAGCACGUCGAUGGCAGUUAUUCCGUGAAGCCCUUAAAACAGAAGCAGAUUGUUGACAGGGUGAGCUAUCUGCUUCAGGAGAUCUACGGCAUCGAGAACAAAAACAACCAGGAGACCAAGCCUUCGGACGAUGAGAACAGCGACAACAGCAACGAGUGUGUGGUUUGUCUGUCGGACCUGCGCGACACCCUCAUCCUGCCCUGCCGCCACCUCUGCCUCUGCAACUCCUGCGCUGACACCCUGCGCUACCAGGCCAACAACUGCCCCAUCUGCAGGCUGCCCUUCCGUGCCCUGCUGCAGAUCCGGGCUGUGAGGAAGAAGCCAGGGGCUCUGUCGCCGGUGUCGUUCAGCCCUGUCCUGGCGCAGAGCGUUGACCACGACGAGCACUCUCAGAGCUCUGACAACAUCCCUGCAGGCUACGAGCCCAUCUCGCUGCUGGAGGCGCUGAACGGGCUGCGCUCGGUGUCGCCGCCGGUGCCGUCGGCGCCGCUGUACGAGGAGAUCGGCUACGCAGGGGACGGGCUGGCGCCCACCAGCAGGCCCCUGCCUGGCCUCGACAGAGCCCUGGACAGCAGCCACCAGAAGGGCAAGAGGAGCAAGUCCCCAGACAGCACACUCCGGUCUCCCUCGUCCCCCAUCCACGAGGAGGAUGAAGAGAAGCUGUCGGAGGAGUCGGACUCGCAGCCGGCGCUGAGCGGGGCUGAGCUGGCCCUGAGGGAGACCAGCUCUCCAGAAAGCGCAGCAGGGGAGGAGAUGGAGGAGGCCUCGUCCCUGCAGCAGGGUAGCCGCCCGCCCUCGGUUGAAGACGUGCUGCAGGACGGCGGCUGCGGGGAGCGCAGGAGCCCGGCGCAGCCCCAGGGGGAGCCCCCGGUCGACGUCUACCUGCCCGGGUCACAAUCUGUUCACACCUCUCUAAUGUCUCCUUCCCUCUCUGUCGCCUCCUCCCUCCUGUCCUGGGCAGCACUGGGUCCCGAUUCCUGCUCUAUUGGUAUAGAGGAGUGAGCUGGCUCGUCCGACUCCGCGCAGCCUCUGCCGGGCCGUGGCUCGGCGCAGCCGCUGGUGUGGCAGCAGCCGCGGCUCCCGCCGCAGGGC